CCUCCCAGUGAACCAAGAGAUCAGACCUUUCCUGUGGCCUGGUGACUACAACAGGUUUUCCUCACCUCAGCCUGGGACAGGAAAUGCAGCUUGCAGCUGUGCAAUGAUAGCACUGAAGUCCAAGUGUAUGACUGGAAGGGGAUAUAGACCAGAAAACGUCAGCUUUUCACCCAACUUUUCCCUCCACCAGAAUCACAUCAGUAGAGACACAGAACAUACUUCAUGUACUCCCACGAUGAGUGAGCCAGAGGUCACUUACUCAACUGUGAGACUUCAUAAGUCUUCAGGGUUGCAGAGACUAGUGAGCCAUGAGGAGAUUCAAGGGCCCAGAGAAACUGGCUACACAAAGUGUUCAGGACCCUGGCAGCUCAUUGUAAGAGCUCUUGGAAUCCUCUGUUUCCUUCUUCUUGUAACAGUUGCAGUGUUGGCAGUAAAGAUUUUUCAGUAUAAUCAACACAAACAAGAAAUCCAUGAAACUCUAAACCACAACCAUAACUGUACUAACAUGCAAAGUGACAUCAACUUAAAGGAAGAAAUGUUGAGAAAUAAGUCUAUAGAUUGUAGUCCAGGCGAGGAACUUCUGGAAUCCCUCAACAGAGAACAGAAGAGAUGGUACAGUGAAACCAAGACAGAUUUAGAUUCCUCACAAGACUCAGGGACAGGUGUUAAAUACUGGUUCUGCUAUGGUACUAAAUGUUUUUAUUUCAUCAUGAGCAAAAAUACCUGGAGUGGAUGUAAACAUAACUGCCAGAAUAACAGAUUAGCCCUUGUGAAGAUAGAAGAUGAAGAUGAACUGAAAUUCCUUCAGUUCCAGGUUAUUUCAGACAGUUACUGGAUUGGAUUGUCAUAUGAUAAGAAAAAAAAGCAAUGGGCAUGGAUUGACAAUGGCUCAUCUAAACUUGACAUGAAAACAAGGAAAAUGAACUUUAAGCCUGGAGGAUGUGUAUUUUUAUCUAAAACAAGACUAGAAGAUACUCACUGUAAUAAUUCCUACUACUGUAUUUGUGGGAAGAAACUGAAUAAAUUCCCUCGUUAACUUUCCAACCAGAGUUAAAGAACAUAGUCUGCUAUGAAGAGAAACAAAGCUGCAAGAGCAUUGGGACUGUUGUCUUGUAUCUAUCUUGAUAGAACAGAGGCCAUUUUCCUUCCUGUUGGAGACAGGACACAUCUACUCUGGUGAAUGUGUACCCUUUGCCCUAAAGCCUUCAGAAUUGUGUACUUUCUGAUUGCUUAAACUCCUAUGAAACUGAAUAAAGAACCC